AUGGGUGAUGCGAUGUGCUCGAGACAAGACUAUGGGUCUUGCUUAGGGGCCAAGUGGACGCCGUACUCGAUCGAGAAUGGGGACGCGGUUGUGGGAUCGGCUGCCCAAUUCGACAACGAUCUCCCGGUUGCCUGUGGAUCUCAGUGUGACGCGAAGAGUGACUCCCCUUGCGCCACGUCCUCUUGCUCACAGUGUGAUGGCCAGCAAGUGGCCGGCGCCAACACUCCCGUCACUCGUCGAUACAAUAUGGGCACCAAACAGGCGGCAAAUCUUCAAUUUCUGUAUGAAACGUUCUCCGUACCCGAUCGUAUCACUGUCACCUAUGAGGGCGAUGAGAUAUUCGACAGCGGCUGCGUUGGCACAGAAGGAGAAAGGACGACGCCGAUCGGUUUCGAUGGGAACUCUAUGGAAGUCCGUGUUGAUGUCGAGCCGAACUGUGACGGGACAACAAGCACUGCCUGGUACUUCACUCUGCCGUGCGUUGACGGCCCACCGACCACCCCACCGCAGCCCAACACGACGAGCCCGAUUCCUUCGACCACUUCUGGUGACUGCCGAAACCGACAGUGUUCCGAGUACAAGUGCCUCGACGACACAAGAGCUCACUGUGGUCCAAGCGGAUACUUACUUAGCUUUGGAUACAAAUACUGCAACAGUUUCAUCGACCACACCAACCUUUUCACUUCAGCAGGCAAAAGGUUCUUCGAGUGUGUUCGACCGAAACUGAUGGAGUACAUGGAGGGUUACUUGGAUAGUGCUGGAGACUCGGUGAAUUGCGACGAUCUGAAGCUGAAAGCCUUCGACAGCCACAUCCCGAUAUUCAGAGAUUGCGACUAUUGUGACAUGAUUUUCCUGAACGCUCCCCAAUUUCUGUACGUGGUUGCCGGCGAGCUUGCCACAGAGCCUUUGGCUGGGAAAGAGGCCUGCGAUCUGAUGGCAAUGUGCCCGCGGCCGCUGCUGCGGGCAUGUUCUAUGGGCAGCCAAUGCUUACUUAUACUAUUUGUGUUACCACGUGCAACGCACUUUGUCGUUGAA